AUGGCCGCCGCCUCCCACUCCCACUCCGCCUCCGACUCUCCCUUCAGCGGGGCGGCCACUCUCUGCCCGAGGCACCUCCAUCGUGACGCGGAGGCUUCUGCAGGAACAGCCCUGCGGGCACCGCCGCAGCUGCCAAGUCAGGAGGGUCCCGGCCGGCGGGGCGGCUGCUCCCGGGGUCCGUCCCGGGGGUGCCGGGGGCGCCUGUGCCGGGAGCGGCCUCGCCCAGAACCUUUGCUGGACGGCAGCUUAGGGAAAGCAGCACCCCGCACCUGCACCCCGCACCUGCACCCCGCACCCCGUACCUGCACCCCGCACCUGCACCCCGCACCCCGCACCUGCACCCCGCACCCCGCACCUGCACCCCGCACCCGCACCCCGCACCUGCACCCCGCACCUGCACCCUCCACCCACACCCCGCACCUGCACCCCACGCCCCGCACCCACACUCUCCACCCACACCCCGCAGCUGCACCCCACACCCACACCCCGCACCUGCACCCCGCACCCACACCCUCCACCCACACCCCGCACCUGCACCCCACGCCCCGCACCCACACUCUCCACCCACACCCCGCAGCUGCACCCCACACCCACACCCCGCACCUGCACCCCGCACCCACACCCUCCACCCACACCCCGCACCUGCACCCCGCACCCACACUCUCCACCCACACUCCGCACCUGCACCCCCGCACCCCACACCAGCACCCUGCAACCCGCACCCGCACCUGCACCCUGCACCCCGCAGGCAGCUGA